AGCUUCUAGGGUGGCCCUUGGGAAGUCGCUCACCGUCUGAGGCCGCCGGAGCUGAAGCUGCGCCAUCGUCACUGCCGGCAGCCAUGACGCCGCGCGUGCCGCGCGUCCCUCGCUUGAGUUGUCUCCGGGUACGGAGGACUUCCGUUUAGUCUCCAGGCGCUACCCGGGCGGCCGUGAAUGGGGCGGGGUGUCGCGCUCGGGGUCGCAGUUGGGUUGGACUUCCGUUCAGACCUCCCGGGCCCUGAGCGGGGAAGUGGGCCCGGCCCGCGCUGAGAACCUAUUGGCUGGUGCUGCGGGCUCCCCUCCUGGAUUGGCCGGAGCCACGCCCCUCGGAGUCGCGGGAGUCAGCGCAGGAGGUCAUCAUGAGGAAGCUUCGAGCAACUGUGGGAAGUGGCCUGGGAAAGCAGGCAGCUGGCCAGGAGAGAAGGAAGAAACGCGCCCCCAACAGUAGCCAGGCCAAGCCUUCUGUUCCUAAGGGGAAGAUCUCUGAGUGUCCUGGAUCUCCUGCAGACCUAGCCAGUCAGCAGGAAGAAGAGAUGUUGCAGGCCUCUGUCUCCCCAUACCAUCUAUUCAAAAAUAGAACUGAAAUAACAGCCUUCCGGAAAAGCCUGCUGAGCUGGUAUGACAGAGAGAAGCGGGACCUACCCUGGAGAAGACAGGCGGAGAAUGAGGCGGACCUGGACAGGCGGGCGUAUGCUGUGUGGGUGUCAGAGGUUAUGCUGCAGCAGACCCAGGUUGCCACGGUGAUCAACUACUAUACCCGUUGGAUGCAGAAGUGGCCAACGCUGCAGCACCUGGCCAAUGCUUCUCUGGAGGAAGUGAACCAACUUUGGGCUGGCCUAGGCUAUUAUUCUCGAGGCCGGCGACUACAGGAGGGAGCUCGGAAGGUGGUGGAGGAGCUAGGGGGCCACAUACCCCGUACAGCAGAGACCCUGCAGCAGCUCCUGCCUGGUGUGGGGCGGUACACAGCUGGAGCCAUUGCUUCCAUUGCCUUUGGUCAGGCAACCGGUGUGGUGGAUGGUAAUGUAGUACGGGUGCUGUGCCGUGUCCGAGCCAUUGGUGCUGAUCCCAGGAGCACUCUUGUCUCUCAGCAGCUCUGGAGCCUAGCCCAGCAGCUAGUGGAUCCAAACCGACCUGGGGACUUUAAUCAAGCAGCCAUGGAACUGGGAGCCACAGUGUGCACCCCACAGCGACCUCUCUGCAGCCAGUGCCCUGUGCAGAGCCUGUGCCGGGCACGCCAGAGGGUGGAGCAGGAGCAGUUCUCAGCCUCGUGGAACCUGCAAGGCAGUCCUGACGUGGAGAACUGCACUCCCAACACUGGAAAGUGCCAGCUGUGCCUGCCUUCCACAGAACCCUGGAACCACACCUUAGGAGUCGUCAACUUUCCCAGAAAGGCCAGCCGCAGGCCCCCCAGGGAGGAGUACUCUGCCACCUGUGUUCUGGAGCAGCCUAGAGCCCUUGGUGGUGCCCAAAUUCUACUGGUGCAGAGGCCUAACUCAGGUCUUCUGGCAGGACUAUGGGAGUUCCCAUCCGUGACCGUGGAGCCCUCAGGGCAGCACCAGUGCAAGGCCCUGCUGCAGAAACUGCAGAGUUGGACUGGGCCCCUCCCUGCUACCCACCUCCAGUACCUUGGGGAGGUGAGCCACACUUUCUCUCAUAUCAAACUGACAUAUCAAGUAUAUGGACUGGCUCUGGAAGGGCAGACCCCAAUGACCACACCACCUGGCGCUCAGUGGCUGACCCGAGAGGAAUUUUACACUGCAGCUGUCUCUACCGCCAUGAAAAAGGUGUUCCGUGUGUAUGAGGACUAUCAGCCAGGGACCUGUAAGGGUUCCAAAAGGCCCCAGUUGUCCUCUCCAUCCAGCCGGAAAAAGCCCAGCAGGGGCCAGCAAGUUCUGGAUAGUUUCUUUCGGCCUCAUAUCCCCACUGACACACCCAGCCUCAACAGUGCAGCCCAGUGAUGUCUCUGAAGUCCCCCCUAAGAAUCCUGUUGUUUAAUAAAGUGUUUAUUUUUGUAGUCA